UGUAAAUGAGAAGCUGCAAUAACAUUGUGUGGAUUGAAUACACGUAAACUACUCAGCAUUGUUCAUGUUUCUACAGUAUUUAGCCUAUAAUCCGAUAAACUCGAUUGGAACAACUUGUACUUUGUAUCUGACAUUUCCGAGUACAGAAUAGGGUUUUCCGAGGGGCAUGAAGGCAGCACACAGCAACGGUGUGUCUAAAGCUACAUGGAAGAGUCAUGCUGUGCCUUAUGUUUUAGUUUUUGGUCAUGGCUAAACAGUACGACGUUUUGUUCAGGCUGCUGAUGCUCGGAGACUCGGGGGUCGGGAAGACCUGCAUGCUGCGCAGGUUCACGGAAAGUUACUUUGAUCCUUCACAUAUUUCCACCAUCGGAGUUGAUUUUAAAAUGAGAACACUAGAACUAGAUGGAAUCAAGGUGCGAGUACAGUUAUGGGACACGGCAGGUCAGGAACGCUAUCGGACCAUCACCAAACAGUACUACAGGCGUGCACAGGGUAUCAUCUUUGUAUACGACAUCACAAGCGAGUCGUCCUUUCAGCACCUCGUGAAGUGGGCCAGUGAUGUGGACGAUUAUGCCCCAGACGCGGUGCAGAAGAUCUUGGUAGGAAACAAGUCUGAUGAGGAACUCAUCAGGCAGGUAACAAAGGAACAAGGAAGCAAGCUAGCAGAAACCUAUGGGAUGGAGUUCUUUGAGACCAGUGCUUCCACCAGCAGUAACGUCACUGAGGCCUUCACUCGCAUGACAGAACUGGUGCUGCAGGCUCACAAGAGAGACGUGGAUGACUUGUUGGGAUCUUUGGAUGAUUAUCUGGAGAAGGCUUUAGAAGAAGAGAUAGGCAGUGAAGGCACUCAGAAGACCUGCGCCUGUUAGAAGAGGGGCAAUCGCAGUACUAUGGCUCAUACUUUAGACAUAAUGUUCCCCACUGUGACUUGACUCCUCCGCUUUCUUCAUAGAUACUGUGAUCUGUUGCCCAGAAGGGUGCUCAAUUGGUUUCACUGUUUUGUAAGUAGGUGAAAUGGUAAAUGCAGUUAGAAGCAGCGACCAGCAGAGGGCCGUUUCUACUGCCCGAUCGAUGAACCCUGAAGCCAGUGAAGAGUAUGUCUUCAGUGUGUUUGCUCUAGCAAAACUAUCAAUGUGCAUGCUCUCUUGAUUUUCCCUGCUGAAAUGCACUAUGCAUCUACAA